UGGUGGGCGAUCGAAAGAGAGAAUAUCUGGAUGGGAAAUUAUAGGUUUAGGCUGUCGAAUAUGAUGCCCAAUUCAUGGUUUGACAAGCUCAAAGACAUGAGUAUCAUUAGACGAAGAAACCAAAAAAAGGAACCAUGCUCCACUAAUUCCCCCAUUCUUCUUCACUCUCACCCUAGAAAAUCCCAUCAUUUCCCCAGACAACCUCCUCCCAACUCUCCGCCUGAACCACCCAGAAAAUCCUCCAAAGGAAAGCCCAGGCGAAGACCUUCUCCCGCCGCCGCUCGGACUUCACCCACCUUGCUCCUUACUUCUUCCCCUGGCUGUAGCUGCACCCGGACCGCGCUACAAUCGGUCGCAACUGGCCCGACGCUGGAGGAGGAGGAGGAGGAGGAUGGCAAAGCCGUCAUUUUCGAAAAGGGACACAAAACUUCACCCAAAAAAAUCAAUGGCUCAGAUGAAGAGUUGAAAUCCCAGGUGGCGCUGAUUGAUCUUCCUCCAAUCAUUACGAGGUCGACAACGUCCUCGUCCAAACCUGACGAAACCGACGCAGCAGCAGAUGGUUCCACGUGUCCGUCCGUCGCCAUCUCAAAGAAGGAUAAAUCUUUUGCUAAGGAACCGAGGAGCAGCCCUUCGCGCCGGUUCCAGGUGAAUUCUCCGGGACCCAAGCUUCGGAUUAUGAACUCUCCGAGAGUUUCGAGCAAGAGGUUUGGUCAUGUUGGUCGCCGGAAAAGUGGGUCGGCGGCGGGGAAGAGAAGUUUGAGCGACAGCCUGGCGAUCGUGAAGUCAACGAACGAUCCACACAGGGAUUUCCGAGAAUCAAUGGUGGAGAUGAUUGUGGAGAACAAAAUCAGUGCGUCCAAUGAAUUGGAAGACCUUCUUGCAUGCUAUCUCUCUCUCAACACCGAAGAAUAUCACGACAUAAUCGUCAAAGUUUUCAAGCAAAUCUGGUUCGACAUGACGGACAUUGGAGUUCACUAUUAGUUUCUUUUCCUUUAAUUUACCCAAAUCAAAUCGUCUUCUUCCUUUUUCCUCUUUCCUUUCUAAAUCAAAAUAUAUAACUUUAAUUUAAAAAAGACCCAAUAAAUUGGCUUCA